AUGCACGGGACGUCGUCGCCAAUGGGCCUCCCGCCAGAAUUGCUCCGCGAGAUCUCUUGCCGCCUGCACGACCCGGCCGACUUCGUCCGCUUCCACGCGGUCUGCAAGCCAUGGCGCGGCUCACACGAUCCAACAACGGCGACAACGACAGAUUAUCAGUUCCUGCCAUGGCUCCUCGCGCCCAGCAAGCCUGGUGAUGACCCUCUCAAGCUUAGAUGCGUCUUCUCCGGCCGAAGCUACCGCUUUCCGCCGCCAAUAUCUGCCACCAUGAUGAACGGGGUGACAAGCGCGGACAACACCAACAUCCGAUAUUUCACCGAUUCUCCCUUGAGCCCGACUCUUCACGAACCUGUCGCCGGAGGGGCCUUCGCUAACCCGCCUCUCUCCCCACACAUCGACCGGUUGGGGAAGAACCCUAGUGGCAUCAUCCACAAUGACGGUACCCUACUUCUAUACAGCAAAUACAGCAAAUGCAACAGUAGCGACCUCUACACGACCGAGUUCAGCGCAUCGCUCCUGCAUCCCGGCAACGACGAGUGGACGUUUGUCCAGAGGACACUGGAAACACCCUGCUAUGGCGAGUUUUAUGCCAUGUAUCAUGCCGGCAAGAUCAUUGUGACAAUGUAUGGCAACCUCUGGCUCGUGGUGAUGACACCAUCCACAGCAGCAACGAACAAGGAUGAUUUGCUGGUCCCCAUGCCACUCUGGACGCCGCGCAAGCAUGACGGCUAUUAUUGCGAGUACAGCUAUGUGCUCGAGUCUCGCGGCGAGCUUCUUUGGGCAUCUGUGCACAUCAAGAUGGACUAUCCGUACCAGGACGACGAUGGAAAGGGUGUCUGCGGCCUGGUUCGCGCACUGUGGAUGUCCAUGCACGUGCUUGAGGAGGUUACCGAGGGGUCAAACAAGUUACAGUGGGUGAGGAAGGAUGACAAGAGCUUGAACGAUCGCUUGUUUUUCCUGGGGUGGCCCAACAGUUUCAGCAUGGACGCGUCGCGGCUUGGCGUGAGCGGCGGAUUCGUCUACUUCUUGUACUGCGAUGAGCAGGGCCACCGCCAGCCCCAUGAGCGGUGUGGUGUGUUUAAGUACAACCUCAUCGACAACAUGACAGAGUUCAUCGAGUGGCUACCCCAAGGAUGGGACUACGAAAUGUGCACGUGGCUCAUACCCCAGCCCACCAUUGCUCCAAUUCAUCAGGUUCUAGUUACUACUCCAAGAAGUAAUAACAUGAUUCACAUUAAAACACUUUGCCCUUGA